AUUAACCAAACAAAAUCAAACUUGCAUACAAAAGAGUUGAAGAAGAAGAAGAAAAAAGAAAAAAAAAAAAGAGAGACAGAGAAAAAGAGAGACUGCUAAUGCAAAUCUCUCUUUUUUGGAUCUCUCAAACAUAUUAAAACAUUUUAUUUAUUUUUUAAUUAUUAAAAUUAGUCUUAAACUUUCUUCUCAAUUCAACAUCUUCUGUGGUCUCUUCUUCAUACAGUUUUUGUAGCUCCCAUUUCUUGGACUUCAUCUUGGAAAUUUUCCCACUGAUUUCUUGGGAAAAUAUGCAUAGGAUUCGAACACAUUCAUCUCCCGAAUUAGUUCCUUCUUCAAUGGACAACAACCAACAUGAUGAUUCGAGUUUAGAAGGUGUCGCUGCAACUGUCAAAUUGCUGCUAAAGCUAGUCCAAGACCACAAAGAAGCAUGCGUGAAAGAGCAAAACAGCAGCCAAAGAAUGCUGAGGGUGGCUGGAAUGAUGACAAUCCUCGAGAACAUUAGAACGCGGAUUCAAAAUUGUCAAUCUUUUGGGAAAAAAAAGGAAGCCGAGCUUAGGCGUUGCAACACUGAUCUUAGGCCUAGCCAUGUCCCGAGGGACAAAAGGCCAACUGAGCCCAUUGAUGAGAAAGAGAAGCUAAGAAGAGAGCUAACUGGGAGUCUAGCAGCGCGAAAGAGCCUUGAAGUCAUGUGUUCAAGCUUGGGAAAGGAGAGAGAGAUUAUGACAGCGGAGUUGGCGCGAAAGGUUCACGAAUGCAAUGAAAUGGAGGAACUUGUCAACGACCUUAGGGCCCAAAACAAGACGUUGUUGGCGAAAGUACAAGAGUAUGCUGCAGAGCACAAAGAGAAGAAGCCUAGCAGUGGAGGAGAUGUACAAGCGAACGCAGCACUCCAAGAACGAAACAAUGAGCUCUCAGAGAAGCUCUUGAGGUCUCUUGAUGGGUACAGAUCUGCGAAGAGGAGGCUAAGAGAAGCACAAGAGGAAAACGCAACAAUGCGUGCCACAAUGGAGGAAAUGGGGAUUGAGGUCGGAGAUAGCUUGGAGAGGAUUCGAGGAUUCCAGCAGCGAAUGGCAAUAGGGAGUGACCAACCGGUGGAUAUUGAGGAAGAGAUAUCAGAAUUGGAGCACAUGUUUGAAUCCUUUGAAAUGAAGGUUUUGAAACAUGGUCAAACGAAAGGGGAUUGUGUUAAACCGAAAGGCGAGAUCAGUGCAUGCAAGCCUUCUGUCCUAGCAUGAGAAGAAAGGCCAACUUAGAACCACAUGUUUUCCAUUUAGAUGGAGAAAACACAAUUUGUUUUCUAGGGCCGAGCUUGCCUCCAGUUCAGAUCCAAUCCGAGCACUGCAUGCACGCUUGCCACGUCGGUAUUUGUUGUAAAUUGGUGGUUUAGAUUUUGUCCACCUACUUAAAAACCCAAACCCAAUAUUACAUCUGAACAAAAAAAUGCAACCCAAGAUUUAAUGGGUUAAUGGGCAGACAAAAUCCAAAUAUUUACGAAAAAAUACCGAGGUGGCACAAAUUUGUUAAUCGGACUGUUCUCUCCAGUCCAAGAGAUUGGAGAGAAUCCAUCCUCUAUUUCUAAAUUAUGGAAUAAUAAAUAAAAGGGAGUCAGUUGUAAAAUGUUCAAAAUGUGUGAUUAGUAAAUGUUGUACACAGUUCAAUUAAUAUUGAUUGGCUCAGUUUCUUA